AAGGCUGCGCGAGCGAGGGAGAGCUUGCUGGCGUGACGUCAAGAGAAGAGCGUUACCCUUUUGCGUGCUUUACGUGCCCGGAAGCGGCGCGACCAGGCACGCGGAAAGAGUCUCCGAGGCGUAGCCUUUCCCGGCUCUUUUCACUGAGGGAAAGGGAGGGGUGAGGAAAGGCUUGCCAGGUGGUACGGGAGCCUGUAAGGGACAAAAAAGGGCUUGGGAAUCUUCCUCUCUCUGCCCAGCUUUAUUGCUGGACGUGGCAAAAUGCCUGGCGUUGCCUCCCGUAAGAACCAGGAGCGGAGCCGAGAAAACACCAUGGAGCAGCCGCCAGCUGAUGACUAUGCAAAGGAAAGAUAUGGAGUACUGCCACUGAUACAAUCCCAGGAGAAACCAGAUCGCGUGUUGAUUCGAAUAAAAGAAUUGACAGGAGAGAAAGCUGAUGAAGUUGUCUGGGUCCGUGGCAGGAUUCACACCAGCAGAGCAAAAGGAAAACAGUGUUUCUUAGUCCUGCGUCAGCAGCAGUUUAAUGUCCAGGCUCUGGUGGCUGUGGGAGACCAUGCAAGUAAGCAGAUGGUAAAGUUUGCUGCCAACAUCAACAAGGAGAGUAUUGUUGACAUUGAAGGUGUUGUAAGGAAAGUGCCACAUAAAAUUGCAGGCUGCACUCAGCAAGAUGUUGAACUGCACAUUCAAAGGAUAUAUGUGAUUAGUCUGGCUGAACCUCGACUGCCAUUGCAGCUGGAUGAUGCUAUUCGACCAGAAGUGGAAGGAGAAGAGGAAGGAAGAGCUACUGUAAACCAGGAUACAAGAUUGGACAACAGAGUGAUUGACUUAAGGACUUCCACUAGCCAAGCUAUCUUUCGCCUCCAGUCUGGCAUCUGUCAGCUUUUUCGAGAAACUCUGAUUCACAAGGGGUUUGUGGAAAUUCAGACUCCAAAGAUCAUUUCUGCUGCCAGCGAAGGUGGUGCCAAUGUAUUUACUGUUUCAUACUUUAAAAGCAGUGCCUACCUUGCACAGUCCCCACAGCUAUACAAGCAGAUGUGUAUUUGUGCUGACUUUGACAAGGUCUUCUGCAUUGGGCCAGUAUUUAGAGCAGAAGACUCAAACACUCAUAGACACCUGACAGAGUUUGUGGGUCUGGAUAUCGAAAUGGCCUUUAAUUACCAUUAUCAUGAAGUGGUGGAAGAGAUUGCAGACACCAUGGUACAAAUAUUCAAGGGACUCCAAGAAAGGUUUCAAACUGAAAUCCAGACAGUGAGCAAACAGUUUCCAUGUGAACCAUUCAAGUUCUUGGAGCCAACUCUGAGGCUGGAGUACCGAGAAGCGGUGGCGAUGCUUCGGGAAGCUGGAGUAGAGAUGGGGGAUGAAGAAGAUCUCAGUACACCAAGUGAAAAGCUCUUGGGCCGUCUAGUGAAAGAAAAGUACGACACAGACUUCUAUAUUCUCGACAAAUAUCCGCUGGCUGUAAGACCAUUUUAUACAAUGCCAGAUCCAGCAAAUGCUAAAACCUCCAACUCUUAUGAUAUGUUCAUGAGAGGAGAAGAGAUACUGUCCGGAGCUCAGCGAAUUCAUGACCCACAACUUCUGACUGAAAGGGCCCUGCAUCAUGGCAUUGAUUUGGAGAAAAUCAAAUCUUAUAUAGACUCCUUUCGUUUUGGAGCACCUCCCCAUGCUGGUGGUGGCAUAGGGUUGGAAAGAGUAACCAUGCUGUACCUGGGGUUGAGCAAUGUCCGACAGACCUCCAUGUUCCCUCGUGAUCCUAAACGUCUGACACCUUGAGAAGAUCAGGAACUGAGUUUAAAAAAAAAUUGCUCCCUGCUGCUCAAAGGCAAAGCAUAACAAGCCAUAAGCAAUGGGAGGACAUUUAAUCUACUAAAGUGCCACAAUAACAGAUGUUCAGCUCGUUUACUACUAAUAUGUGAAAUUAACAAUUUUAACCAAUCUGGAUUCAGAUGUAGAAAGUGUUGUAUCUUUUUCAGAAAAUGGACUUAUCAUCUUGUACCACAGAAACUUGGUAAACACUUGAAUUUUAAUAAAAUGCAUAGAUGUACAGCAAUGAUAGGUAUGUUUUUAAACAUUUGCUAACAAAGUUAUGCAUCUCAAACACAGAGUUUGAUAUCCAGUCAUGAGUCCAGUGUGGAAAGUAGCAAGUUGAACAUGGAUUGUUUUGAGCAGCUGUAAAAUAGUAGACUAAAUGUGAUCCUACUGACUGGUCAAUGCAGGUUGCAAUAAAACUCCCACCUACCUAC